AUGUUCAACUUCCUGUUCAGGACAAAACGCCAUGGCGAGGAGGAGAGUUUUCUGCCGAUGCCCACGACGAGCAGCAGAGAGAUGUCCGUCUCGGGCAAGAUGAUGAAGGAGGUGUCCUUCGAUGCCGAGAGGGGUACGACCUCCUACCGACUGCACGAGGAGUACGAGGAGGAUGAGGCCCACCUGGAAGCAGAAGAGGGGCGGCCGGUGCCACCGAUCACGCAUGAUCGACUUUCCCGUGACAUGAAGCGGAUCUUGGGUCAGCGGAGCCCCAUCGUCAGCUGCAACUUCAACAUCGCGCAGGCUUCUAUCAGGGAAAGCCACGAGGCGGAGGUGGAAGCUGGGGAUGCCUCCGCCCAAUGUUGCAAGCAGCUCUUCUCGCGCUUCGUGGUGGUUCCGGAGCUCGGGGAGCACCAGAAGGCGAAAGGCUACGUCCACUGGGUGGAGGUCUGGGACCUCUGGGUGACCAUGCUCCUGUUCUUCAUGGCGUACUACCUCCCGCUCGUCCAGGUCAUCGACACGACCCGCCCACCGGUGCAUCGGACCAUCAGGACCAUCUCCGUGUUGGCGAACAUGUGCUUCAGCCUGGACAUCUUCCUGCAGUUCUUCAUCGCCUACGCCAAUCCGCAGAGUGAUCUGUCCCGCGGCCCCUGGCAAAGAGACCCCUGCACGAUUGCGAAAGCCUACCUCGGCAUGGGUGACACCUUCGGGUGGUUCUGGCUGGACCUGGCCAGCAUCACGCCCUUCUGGGUCCGGGAGGUCACGGGAGACAAGCAGUUCGACCAGUGGCAGAUCCUCGGUCUCAUACGAUCCGUCAAGAUCUUCAGGAUGGUGAACCUCCCCCGCCUCGGCCGCUUUAUGAGCCGAUGGCACGCGAAAUUCGGGUUCUCCUAUUACCUGAUAGACAUGGUCAAGUUCAUCAUCAUCACCACGCUUUGCGCCCACUGGUUCGCGUGCAUGUGGAUCGCGAUCGAAGGCACCGUCACGUAUGGGGAGCUCAGCUACCACACCAAGGGGAGCAGCUGGCUUUCGGCUCUGAUCGACACCAAGGGCGAUCCUUGCAGUCCCUCUGCCAGAAAGGAUCCGAACUGCGUCUACUUCAUGGCCCUCUACUGGGCCACCAUGACGCUCACGACGGUCGGCUACGGCGAUGUGACGCCGCAGAACCCGGCGGAGUACCUCGUGUGCACGCUCACAAUGCUGGUCUCCGGCUUCGUCUGGGCAUACAUUGUCGGUUCCGUGGUGUCCCUGAUCCACAACAUGGACUCCAAUGCCGCCUUCAAGCGCAACAUGGACGACUUGAACGACAUGAUGGAAUCCAGGGCGAUCGACCAAGAGCUCCGGGUCCGCAUGCGAAAGUACAUGCACGAGUGCAUCGUGGCGCAGCAGCAAGCCUCCCAGGAGAGCCUUCUGCGCAACACCAUCUCGCCCGGCCUCCAGCGCGAGGUCGCGCAGAGCAGCCAGCGCGACCUCCUGAAGAACAUCUACUGGGCGCAGGAAUUUCCGGACGAGGCGUCCAUGGAACUGGCCAAGUGCUUCAGCCCGCUGUUCUUCGGACCGAACGAAGUGAUCAUGCUCCGGCAGGCCGUCCUGGUUAUCCAGAAGGGGCUUCUGGGCGUGAGGGGCAGAGUGCUGAGGCGGGGCGACGUCUGGGGCAUCGAGGGAAUCCUCCUGGAAUCCCAGAGUUUGGUCUCGACGUACCAGCCCAGGACCUUGGCCUAUUGCUUUGUCAUGUGCCUGCAUCGAGAUGACCUCCUGGAGAUUGCCCGGUCCUUUCCGGAGGUGGACAUGAUCCUGAGGAGAGCGCAGGUGCGCACCGCCGUCCGCCGGGCCUUCCUACAGACCGCGGAGGAGAAGAAGUUGGAGGAGGCUGGCCACCACAACAUCUUCCGGACCAGGACGGAGACGAGGGGCUUCGUCCACAACAAGUGCCAAACCGUGUCCAGGCUGAUGGACGAGGCCACCGGCUCCCUGUCGCCCAGGGGAGGCAGCGCCUUCCGCCCGAACUUCUCGACGAGGAAGGGCAGCGGAAGCGGCUCCUUGCGCGGGUCCUUCGUCUCGGAGAAGUCCGUGGACUCGACCGGAGCUGGUGAUGGCAAGAAUCGAACUUCCAGGGCCAGCAGAACUUUUUACGUGGCCAACCCAACGCCGGGCACGGAGGAUGUCCGGUCGAGCCUCGGCGCGAUUACCGAGCGCCUCGACAAGCUGGAGAAGGAUGUGGGCGCGAAGCAGGAUGCCAUCCUCCGCCAGCUCCACUUUCUGAGUCACUCGGCUCGCUCCGAGAGAUCGGUUGCACCCAGCGGAUUCCGCUGA